CAUCACUACGCCAAUAGCUUUCUCUCUCUCUCUCUCUCUCUCUCUCUCUCUAACCUCUCAUUUCCCCUUUCUUGCAUUACUCUCAGCUGAGAAAUAGCAACGACGAGAGAGGAGAGGGGAGGGGAGGGGAGGGGAGGGAGGAAAGCAGGCGGGAGUAUCGAGCAGUUAAGGCUUCAGAAGGAGACCGAUAAAAGGAGCCCUCACUCUUUGCUUCCAUCUUUGACCGCUCCACUCUCCGGUAAUUCCCUCCGUCCAAAUUCCUGUUGCUGAUUUGAGCUAUGAGUCAAUCUUCUGAGGAAGAGUCGGACAUCAGCGAGUCAGAGAUUAAUGAUUAUGUGGACAAACCAUACGAGAAGCUGCAAUCUCAGGCUUACAAAGUUCAGGUCCAUGGGACUUUGAAAUGCCCCUUCUGUGCUGGGAAGAAAAAGCAAGGAUACAAGUACAAGGAGUUGCUUCAACACGCCUCGGGAGUGGGCAAGGGUGCUGCCAGUAGAAGCGGGAAGCAAAAAGCUAACCACCUUGCCUUGGCAAAGUACUUGGAAAUUGAUUUAGCUGAUCUGGCUGAUGAGACGCUGACUCGACCUUUACCUCAAGUCACCAAUCCAUCUUCGGACCAAGAGGACAAGUUUGCAUGGCCGUGGAUGGGAAUUGUGAUGAACAUGUCUGCUGUGACAUCAGCGGAUUCCCAAGGACAAGAAGAAAAUGACUACUGGUCAAGAACUUUUGCCAAGUACAAACCUGCAAAAGUGCAUGUUUUGUGGAAUGAGAAUCACCAGGCUAGUCAAGCUGUACUGCAUUUUGACAGUGAUUGGAAUGGUUUCACAAAAGCAACCGAUUUUGAAAAGGCGUUUGAAAGUCAUCGUCAUGGUAAGAAGGAUUGGAAGGCACGCGAAAAUGAUCCCGGGUCAAGUUUCUAUGGCUGGUGUGCACGUAGUGACGACUAUAAUUCGGAUGGACCGGUAGGGGAGUAUCUCCGGAAAGAAACAAAGCUGACUACAAUCUCUGGCAUUGUUCAAGAAACCAAUCAAAACAGAAAUACAGUGGUUGCUGGCCUGACAGAAGAAAUUGCCAAGACCAAUCAAGAUCUUGAUAAAUUACAGAGUAUGUACAAUGAGAAUGCAAUGACUUUAAGCAGAACACUGGAAGAGAAAGACAAGUUGCAUAAUGCUUUUGUUGAAGAAACAAGGAAGAUGCAGCGGGUUGCACGAGACAAUGUUCACAGAAUCUUGGCUGAGCAGGAAAGAAUGAACAAUGAAUUGGAGUUGAGGAAAAAGAAAAUUGAUAACUGGACUAAAGAAUUGAAUAAGCGAGAAGCAUUAACAGACCGUGAGAGGCAAAGGCUUGAUGAGGACAUGAAGAAGAAUGAUGUUGUAAACAACUCGCUCAAUUUGGCAUCAAUGGAGCAGAAGAAGGCUGAUGAGAAUGUUCUAAGACUGGUUGAAGAGCAAAAGAGGGAAAAAGAGGAGGCCUUAAAUAAGAUCAUUCAGUUGGAGAAGCAGCUUGAUGCAAAACAGAAGCUUGAAAUGGAAAUUCAGGAGCUAAAGGGGAAACUAAACGUGAUGAAGCAUCUUGAGGAUCAGGAUGAUGCAGCUGUUAAGAAAACCAUGAAAGAGUAUCAUGAUGAGUUGGAGCAGAAAAUAGAGGAUCUGAAUAGUGUAGAGACUCUUAAUCAAACUCUCAUUGUGAAAGAGCGUCAAAGCAAUGAUGAGCUGCAAGAAGCACGGAAGCUGCUCAUAGAGGGCCUGUGUGAUACCUUAUCUGAUAAGGCUCGCACCAUCAUUGGGAUAAAGAGGAUGGGCGAACUGGAUGAAAAGGCUUUCUAUAAUGCAUGCAAAAAGAAAUAUCCGCCCGGAGAUGCUGAGGUCACUGCUGCAACACUAUGCAGCUCCUGGCAGGAGAAUCUGAAAGAUUCUGAAUGGUACCCCUUUAAAGUCAUUAUUGUCGAUGGGACCGAGAAGGGAAUUGUGAAUGAUGAAGAUGAAAAAUUGAAAGGUCUCCGGCAGGAGCAUGGCGAGGAGAUAUACUCAGCUGUGGUUACUGCCCUGAAGGAAUUGAAUGAGUAUAAUCCAAGUGGGAGGUAUAUUAUUCGUGAGCUCUGGAAUUACAAAGAAGAACGCAAAGCCACUCUGAAAGAGGUCAUUGCCUACAUCAUGAAACAAAUCAAGACCCUAAAGCGCAAGAGGUGAUGGCUGAGGGACCAUACCUUCCUGGGUCGAGUUAAAAUCUAUUACAUAUGAAGUCCCAGAGGAAGGACGAGCAGAACACAACAAAACACGUGUGGCAAUGCUAGUUGGUUGAGUCUCCUGGUAAAGUCUGACGAGUGUUUACUCUGAAUUCAAUUUGUUAUGUCGUUCAAUGACUCUGAAACUCUAACCAUGCUGGAGAUUAAAUUGGUAAAACUAAUGGUUUGCCGCGUAGUAGGACUGAUCGUUACGAUACAGUUUGACAAACACUGUUUACGUAACCAAUUUGUUUGUUUCCACAGGAAUCCAAACAAGCAAAUCCAAGAGCAAGAGAUCAUGUACCACAACAAGAAAACCUUUUUUUACAUAUAAGUAUGGAAACACUCGAUAAAUACAUUCAAGCAAACUGCAUUCUCACAAACUAUUCACACAAGGCUAGUGAACAUGUGUGGAUGGCCGGAUGGGAUCCGCUCAGCACGUAACUUAGACAGAGUUCUUGAUGGAUUUGCUGUAUCCAGUUUGAUCAUCAUAGAACUUCGACCACAGCAUCACACCACCGUACUUGGAACUGUCCUUGAUUGCAGGUAGCACCUGCGAUUCGAGGUCGCUCACGGGGAUGAAUCCGCUCCCAGCAGCAUCAGGAGCAGCAGGCAGCCCCAGGAAGAUCUUCUUAGCAGGAAUGGCGGAGGUCCAUUGCUUCCAAGCAUCUUCAAGGUUCGUGACACUCCCAGAAGAGUACUGGCAAGGAGGGUUGUUGUAGAAUUGAACCCAAACAUAGUCAAACAGGCCACUCUGAAGUGCACUCCCUAUCCAAGCAUCAGGGAACGGGCACUGUGGAGCUGCUGUCAGUAUGAUGUUUUCGUCGUGUGAUUUCAGGAACCUAGCCAGAUCAUCCCAGUGCUGGUUCGUUCCCCCUUCGAUGUCGAAGUCGACCCCAUCGAGCACAGCCGGGCCGAGUGGCCUAGCAGAUGAAGAACCACCGAAGAAGUUGUCCCAGAGGUAAGUUGCAACCUGCUCUGCGUCUUGUUUCGAUGUGAGGUAGUAAUCUCCAGCUCCUCCGCCGAUGGACAGCAAGACCUUGACCCCUUUAGCUUGGCAUGACUUGAUGUCAGAAGUUAGACCGGCACAGCCGCUGUUGGUUGGAUCACAGUGGCCUGCAAGGUUGAUCACCGGUGGCUGUUCGUUGCCAAAUGAUGACAGAAAGGCUAUGUUGACAUAGUGAUAGUUUCCUGUGGCGCAAGUUUCGGCCAAGGUUCCUUCAUUCCCAUUCUGUCCCCAGUAGAUUGAUAUUCCACCACCAGCUUCACAAUCCAUCACUAGCACUGCAGCCAGGAUUGCUGAUAGUGUUAUGGCUGCUCUGAUUCCCAUCAUCUUUUGCUUUUCUCUUUGUUGUUGCUGCUCUUGAACUUCAAAAUUUUGCCUGUCUAGUGUAGUUACUUGUUUCCUGAUGUU